UUUAUUCCGGGUUCCGAGUUCACUAGUGGUGCAAUUCUGUGCGGGAGAACCUAUCUGAUCUAUAGAGGCGUGUCACAAGGCUAACGUCGGGGUGAGUAACAGCGUUAAUAUAGGCCAAUAUAUAAGGGGAAAAUAUAUUGUAUACAAUACAUAUGUAUAUGUUUGUAUAGAUAGACAGACAGACAGACUAGGAGAUAGACAGAUAGAUAGAGAUUGGUAGAUCAAUUUAGAGAUUUACAGAUUUCUCAACAUGGCAUUGGAAGCGCCCAUUCAUGCUCUGAAGAAGGACAACGCCACGCUUCAUCACAACGCCACUGAGGAGGAGAGAACUGCCUACUUAGAUCAACUCCAGGAGCAGACGACACGAAUCAUGCUUCCCGCCAUCGUGUUCAUCGUCUGCUGCGCUGUCGUGGGCUUCCUCGGGAACACUCUGGCUCUGCUCGUCUACUUCCGGAAGGUGCGCAGGACAGCGACUCAGAUAUUCAUCAUGGCGAUAGCUUCCUUUGAUCUAGUUGCCAACGUGACAGCUAUUCCAGCUGACGUGUACGACAUGUUCAACAUCUGGGACUUCGAUGACGCCGCCAUGUGUAGUGCCCGCCAUUUCUUCACGUCUGCUACGGCCAUGGCCUCCGCCAUUCUUCUCCUCGCUCUCUCCGUCGUCAGAUUCCGAAAAGUAUGCCGAUCGUUUGGCUGGCAAGUGAGCGUGCGCCAAGCCAAGGCUGUGUGCCUCAUCAUCGGCGCCUUCUCGUCCGUCGCCAGUGUCCCCUACGCCGUUCUGUACGGCACCACGACCAGGCCCACCCCCCGGGCAGACAUCUUGGGCUACGAGUGCGGGCUGGACGACAGCUACACCAACACCGUGUGGCCCACCGUCUACUCUGUCUUCUUUCUUUUGAUUUUCCUCUCCUGCAGCAUCCCGAUAUCUGUUCUGUACACUCUGAUCGGCCUGAUGGCUUGGCGACACAGUAAGGUCCACGGGGAUUCCGCUCUGCCUUCUUCUACUGCGAAUGUAAAAAAGGUCACUUCCGGGAGGAAUUCCCCCUCGAUCACUUCCGGCCCCGUGACGACGCUGUCUACCAACGAUAGUUGGUCAAAGGGGACUGGUGUCUCCAGAGAAGAUUCAGUUGAGAUGAAAGAUUUAGGAAAGGCUGAGGGUGGUAAAGUGGGGCAGGAGGGGAGGGAAUCUCCAAAUGAUACAACAAGGAAAGAGGAGAGAGAUGUUAGCAGCAGCAGGGCCAGACGUAUGUCGAAAACAACCGACAUGGGAAAGACGCUCCCAAGUGAACAGGACGAAUCAGGUCAACUCGGCCUUGAGAAACGUCAUUGCGAUGGUGCAGUAGAGAGCGUGAAUGACCUCGAAGCCACUGGCUCGUGUUCCAGUCAGCAGAGCAAAGUGAAACAGCAUCAUCAUGUCUUAGCGCCAAAUGUUGAGAAGACAUCAUCUUACCAAACAUCCUCCCGAGAAAUGUACAGUCCUGGUCCAGGUUCAACUACGCUCAUGAACACGGAGAAAAAACAAAGUAGCCAUGACGUCACUGGUGGCACCGACAAGAAACAGAAAAACUACACCAAAAACGACCCGACCGCUCAAACAACUGAAAUGUCGGCCACAAAUCCCCCCAACAAAAGAAGACUAGGAGGAGGAGGAGGGGUGAUCAAACUACUGUCUGCUUGUGUCAGCGAAAAGAAAUCCCCAAAGUCGUCUACUACUACUACUACUACUACUACUACUACUACUACUACUACUACUACUACUAGAUCUACCCUUGGUCGAGCCACGAGAAGGCGUGGCAUGGGGAAGACUACCAUGAUGCUCAUCAUCGUCAGCUCCAUCUUCAUCAUUAGCUUCCUUCCUUAUCUGAGCGUCACGCUUUUUAGAUUUACCUCCCCGGAAAAGUUUGCGGCCAUGGGUACCGCUAGUGAAACCUUCUAUAACCUCUUUCUGAGGUUCUUCUUCUUGAACAGCGCAGCCAACCCGAUCAUUUACAGCCUGUGUGACGUCAACUUCCGGCUUGACUGUCUGCAAGUUUUUCAGUGCAAAAGAAAGAUGAGGUAGAUUACCGCAGAAUCUAAAGCACUGAGAGCUGGAAGAGAAGAAAAAACGACAGCUUUGGCUGCGUUUCUUUUUGUCUACAUGGUGUAUGAUAGCAGGCCUACAUAUUUGUAAAAAUAACAUCGACAACGUGUGCAUUACUACACACACAUGUACACACACACACACACACACACA